AAAUAACAAACCGAAACCCUCCAGACAUUUUAUUAUUCAGGCGGUAGAGAAUGGCAGGUGCUCGCAGAGUCCGCUCAGCGCGUGAGUGGGGUGGAGGCGCCAACACCUGAACCCUUCGUCGAUGCUGUGCGCACGCGCUGACGCCCCGCCCGCCCGCGCUACUCUGAGGUUGGUUCUGUGGUGAUCCCUGAGACCGUAGGAGUAGUUCGUACAUGGUAUGCGUGUGAGAGUGAGUGGAUGAGUGAAUGAGUGGAGAAUCCUCCUGUUAUAGACCGUGGAUACAGAUCUGUCCAUUUACCAAAACGCAAAGAAAUCGCUGCAAUCUGAUAGCCUACACUAGAGGAGGCAUACGGAAUUCUAUUUGCUUGGCUGAAUUGUACUCAUGUUUGCCGUGAAUACAACAACUUCAAAAGAGAAGAAUCUUUGCGGAUCCCCUCUAACGCCUGUACUGGAACUCUGACGCUGCAUGCCUGUGCAAAGACGUGACCCUGGACGUAGCAUGAGGCGCGACACUCCGUUAUGACCGCUCCUGACCGCCGAGACCCACACCGUCACGGCUCUGUGACUCUUCCGUCCCACCGCCCGUCUGUCCGCCCCGCCGACCAGCCUUUGUGAUGCUUGUGAUGAGUGCCAUCUCCCCAGCCAAUGAGAGGGAGACUUUCGCGGAGGGGGCGGCGGCGCUCUCUCCGACCGCCUCUCCUUCUCCCCCUCCUCCGCCCGUCCUGGCGCCCCCGCCGCCCCCACCGCCCGCCGGACCCCCUCCUCCGCCUCCUCCGCCUCCACCUCCGCCCCCGCCGGGGCACCCCGCGCUCGGGCAGCAGCACCAGAGGAAGAAGCGGAGGGUGCGGAGCUUCUUCUGGAAGCCCAUCCCCGAGGAGAGGGUGCACGAGCGCGGCAAGCCCAACCUGUGGACCAUCGGCCGCGGCGGCGACCAGGAGUACCGCAUCGACGUGCGCACCAUCGAGGAGCUCUUCGGCCAGCAGGAGGAGGCGCAGUCGCUGGCCGCCGCACGUGCCAAGGCCGGGGGCACCCUAAGGGGCAGGGGCACCUCCUUCAAAGAGACCAAAGAGGAGAUCAAUAUCCUGGAUUCCAAAAGGAGCAUGAACGUGGGCAUUUUCCUCAAGCAGUUCAAAAAGUCAAACAUCUCCAUUAUUGAAGACAUUCGCUAUGGCAACAGUGAGGCGUACGGGGCUGAGCCGCUUCGAGAGCUUCUCAAACUCAUCCCAGAGUCAGAGGAGGUGAAAAAGCUGCAGGCCUUCAAAGGAGAACCCAAUAAGCUGGCCCUGGUGGAUUCCUUCAUGUACCUUCUCACUCAAGUGCCCAAUUUUGAGGUGCGCAUUGAAGCGAUGGUGCUAAAGGAGGAGUUCACUCCGUCGUGUGCAGCAAUGAACCAUGACAUCGAUGUCAUCCGCGCUGCAACAAAAGAGCUCAUGACUUGUGGAGAGCUUCAUAACAUCCUACACUUGGUUCUUCAAGCUGGCAACUUAAUGAACGCUGGUGGCUAUGCAGGAAAUGCUGUGGGCUUCAAACUCUCCUCGCUGCUCUCACUGGCCGACACCAAAGCCAACAAGCCAGGCAUGAACCUGCUGCACUUUGUGGCUCUUGAAGCCCAGAAGAAGGAUGAGCAGUUACUGAUGUUCCCUGAGAAGCUGAAGCACGUGCAGAGUGCCGCCAGGAUCUCAGUGGAGAACAUAGAGCUGGAGUUAGAGUCUCUCCAGUCGAGGACACGCUCGAUGGAGGAGAAGAUCCACACAGACGCUGAGCUACUGCAGCAGCUUGACCUUUUCUUAAAGACGGCUGCUCAGGCUCUACUGGACCUGACGCGGCGGCGCCUGGAGUUCAGGAAGGAGGGGAGCACGCUAAUCGAUUUCUUCUGUGAAGACAAAGACACUUUCAAACUGGACGAGUGCUUCCGCAUAUUUCAAGACUUCUGCCUUAAAUUUAAAAAGGCAGUGAAGGAUAACUCGGAGCGUGAGCUGAAGGAGUCGGCGCGGCAGCGGCGGCUGAAGGAGCUGGAGGAGAAGCGGCACUCGUGGGCCGGCGGCGAGGAGGUGGGCGGCGUGUUCGGCCUGCGCUGCAGCAGCGAGACGGACGUGGAGGCGGCGCUGACCCGCGAGGGGCUCCUGGACCUGCUCAGGCCGCGGCCGCGCAGUCCCCUGAGCCCGCUGAGCCCGCUGGGCCGUUCCGGAAGCCUCCGCCGCUCCCGCCAGAGCCCCGUGGCCACCGCCGACCGCGAGCUGCACACCUUCCUCGAGAUGACCGCCGAACCGGCCAAGUACGGCUCGUCGUCGUCCAAGCCCCUCAGCCCCGGCUGGACGGGUCAAAGCUCGCCGGCCUUCUCUCCGUCCCACGUGGCGAGCACCCCCUCGCACACGCCGAAGCACUUCACCUCGCCCCUCACCCAGUCCCCAUCGCACACGACUCCCAGAGCAAACCUUAACACGGAUACCUCAAACCCGAGUGUCAACAACAACCGCUCACCCUCACCCUUAAAGUCCUCAACGCGCACAGACGACAACAAAAAUGUCAUCGUGGACCAGGAGACGACGGCGCACAACCCCAACACGCUCUUGAACGUGAACGUGGAGAGACACACCCUCGUGCACGGCCUCCGGGCGUUUGACCUCGUGUCUGCCCCCGACGGGGUCGUCGCCCAGGGCGAUGAUGGAUCUGCGGUAAAUCAGACUGACCUCAUAGUCACGGAUCUGGAGGAGGAGAGUGAAACCCCUGAACCACUAACCCUGAGCACCCCUCCGUCGCGGAAAGCACCGGAAAAGGUUGGUGAGCCUGGCGUGUCCGCUCCACAAACAGCCAACAAGGAAGUUGACCGAGACACAGAGACAGAACUCAAUCCGCAAACGCUACCCAAUAUGCCAGUGAUUCAGGUGUCUGGGGAAAGCAGGUUAUCCGCGCAAACGGAAGAUUCCAGCAGCAAAUCAGAGAAAGAGCACGAGGGCCUUGGUGACGUCACUGAUUCCAUCUCGUCCAAGUCGACGCCCGCCAGUCAACCCGUGUCCGAGUCGACCUCCGUGGACGAGGUGUCCGUGCCUACCUCUAGCAGCGAUAAAGCCGAGUCGGAGUCGGCCUUGGAGUCCUUAGCGUCGCCGUGCGAAAGUCCGGUGUCCGUGUCCAGGUCGGCCGACUCGUCAGGCUCGCGCUCCACCGGCCUGACGUCGCGGAACUCCAGCUCGCGCUCCACCGGCCCGGCGUCCCCGGCCCCGGGCGGCAAGAAGGCCAGCGGCGAGAAGGUGGACGUCAAAGCUCAGACCGCCUCCAAGUCCUCCAAACCCGCCUCGAAAACGGCGCCGGCCUCGAAACAGCCCGCGGCUCGCACGCCCGUCAGAACGCUCACCACCUCCGAGAACCAGAACAUGCGGAGGGUGGUGCCCAUCACCCGACUGACCCGAUCCGGGAGCUCCGCCAGCAGGAAGCCGGACAAAAGCGGCGCGGAGGCGAGCAGCCACCGCGCGUCCACCCACCGGUCCGGCCUCGCCAACGAGGACGCCAAGUCUCCCCGAGUGAGGGAGCACAGUCAGGCCUCUGUCGUCCGGAAGCCGUCCGUGCGGAAGACGACCCCGAAGCCCGUGCGCCCGGUGGUGCCCAAACCCCCGCCGGAGGAGAAGAUGUGCCGCUCCACCCUGCGGGCGCUGCAGGCUGCCCAGGCCGCUGCCGGGCAGGGAGCCGCGCUUAGCGAGAGGUCGGCGAGCGCCCCCCAGACCCCCGUCCGCAGCCCGGCUUCCAUCGCCAAGCUGCCCAGCUUCGCCCGCAACACCGUGGCCUCCACGACCCGCGUGGCCAGACGGGACCUGGUGUCCAGCGGUGCCAACUCCCCUUCUGCCAGCGCCGGGGGCGCGACCCCCACCAAGUCCCCCCUGGCCCGCACGGCUUCCCUCAGGCACCCCCCCACCAACCGCGUGGCUCCCGAGGCCCAUCUCCAGAGCUCCAUCAGGAGGGUCGCCAGUAUCCGCGUGCCUGCCAAAAAACCCUCCGCUGAACCUCUGCUGCCCCUCAGAGGCCACGAGCGGAAGAACAGCGGCAGUUUCUCUGACAAAUCAGCCUAUUCUAGAGACUCUCACACCGACAAGCCCAGCAAACCUUUAUGGAGAUAAACUCAAGAGUCGCUUUUUAGAAAAAAAAGAAAAUUUAAGAGAAACACUAUAAAAGCAACAUGUAACUUAAUAAAGUCUAGAUUUGUAUUUUUGUGGUCUUUAUUUAACUUUCUGAGUAAUGAUGACUAUGUUAUUUUGCCCCUCUCUCUCUCUCUAUGAACCAUGGUUUUGUAUGUAUUGGACUAAGCACAGCUGUGGGUUUCCAUGUACAUGUCACAAUUAUGAUUCCGUUUAAUACAAUUGAUAUGUAACCACCCUGUGCUUUUUAGACAGUGUGUAUUUUGACAAUUGGCUUCGGCUAGCCAAGGAGGUUUUGACAAAGGGGUUUUCCCCCUCAUCCAUAAUCGUUCUGUCUUUUGUAAUUAUUCAUGAUGAAAUAUUACUGGACAUUUUAUGCUGAUGCUGUUGAUCAUUAGCGGAGUCCAUAUUUUAAUAUUUAAAACCGUCACCAUUUGUCUGGUUGUGUUGGUGUGGUCUUAUCCUAUCUCCAUAGCGAGAAAUUUCGUUCUUGUGCAAACAUGGUUUGACUGGCUUGCCUUGUCAGGAAACUGCCAUAGCUUUCCUCACAUAACCAAAGUGAAAUCUGUAGGUCAAAUUCAAUCAUAAGCUCAAUAGUCAGCAGGGAGAAUCAUUUGCCACUUGACUAGUUUCACUGAAAUUGAAGUCAAUGCUCUCCAGCACCAAGUCCAGGGCCAUAGCUUGAUGCUCGUUCUGUCAGAUGUCAUCAUCUCUCUAUCAUAUCAUGUUAAAAAUCGAAAGCAAAUCAGAGGAGUUUGCAACCCAGCGCAAUUAUGUGUUUCUCUGUGUUGUCCAAAUAAAGUUUAUGUUAAAAUUUCUUA